AUUUACCUAAUUUUUCAAGCUAUAAUAACUACUCAUGAAAUUAAUUAUAUAAUUUUUCUAACAAAAUAGAUUCUUGACCUUUAAUUUCUAAUUUCUGAUUUCAAAAUGCCAAAGUCAAAAUUUCUAAUUUUUUAAAAUUGCUUAAAAUUUAUAUCAGUUUAAAGCGGAAAUUUAAAGGAGCUUAAUUAUCUAAGUUGGAGCUUAUUUUGAUAAAAGAAUUGGUAAAUAAUUGCAAUAGAAAUUCAUAUAAAAUUUUGUUGACGGGCGUGCCCUUAUCAACGAUUCUGUUUUGAUGAAAAUUGAAAAUGAAAACAAAGCAUUAAUUAAUUGAAUCAUUCAAAGUAAGAAGCUAGUUUGAGUUCAAAAAUGGAUGUUGAAGAGAAUGUUGAAGACUUCUUGGAAAGGGUCAAGCAACUUGAUCUUCAAAGACAGAAAGAAGAUGAGAUGAGGAGAAAACAGUUGGAAAAUGAAAUUCAAUCCUAUACCAAUAGGGAAUCAGUCUACAACAUUUCCAUCCCUAAACCAAUUGCUAGAGAAGAAGAACCUGCUACUAAAGCAACAAUCCCAAACUCAGAGUCAUUACAGAAUUUUAACAAAAGUAUAUCAACCCAAUAUAGAAUUGAUAUAGAUGAUUUGGUUUAUGAAUCUGCUUACAAUUAUGAAAAAUCCCAAAACUCUUCACCAGUUAAAAAUAGCUUUAACUCAUACAAUAGAAAUGACGACUCAAGCUUUAGAGCUUCAACUGGCUCAAUCUCUAGAGAAAAGACUUUCAAAAAGUAUGAUAACAUACCAGAUAUAGUAAGGUUCGAUGAUGCUAUGGCUAAAUCAGCUCCAAACUAUAGAACCUCAAACUUUACCUCCUCUAGACCAAGUCGAUAUUCAAAAUUCCAACUUACUGAUGAAGAAAAGAAGUCAAUCGAUAGUACAAUUGAAGGACUCAUCGGCGGUGAUCAUAAAGUUACAGAAGUGCAAGAUGAAAACGAGCAGGAUGAAAGAAGAAUCCCAAAACCAUUAACAAGAGAUAGAAAAGGUGGUCAAUUUUCAACACCUUCAACACCUCAAUUACAAUCAAACAACGUCUGGUCAAAUGCUGCUAAGCAAAAAUCAACGUUAGCACCACCUGUCAGUUUAUCUAAUCAGACAUCACACUUGAAAAGAUCACCAAGAAAAACAGAAUUAGUUACUUCUCCAAUAAGGCCUGAAAUAAGCUCCCCUAUUAAAAAAUCCCCAGCCAAAUUAGAUUUUUCAAGAUACACAAGUGAAGAUAAACAUAAACCACCACCUAUUGCUCCAAAACCUCUUGGGUUCAAAGAGACUAAAAAUUCAUGGCUAGGCUCAGCUGUUAAUAAUUCUUCAUCAACUCCGCAAUGGCAAGACACAACUUCCAAGAUUCAAUUGAACAAACCAGAAGAUAAGAAAGCUUCGUGGUUGAAUUCUGCUUAUAAGCAUUCAACAUCAAAUCCUCAAUGGCAAGACACAACUCCAAAUUUGCAAUUGGAUAAUGCCAAUACAUCUGAUCCAAAGACUUCUUGGUUAAAUUCUGCUAUGCAAAGAACUUCACAUAAAGAGUUUGAACUGCCUAAAUCUAAGAUAAAACCAAUAGUUCCAUCCAAAUCAAAUACCUUAUCAAAGAUGAUUGAGAAUGAUGAAUUGUCAAAACAGAAACAACAUUCAACUUUAAAAGAAUUGGAAUCUCAAAAACUGAACCAUAUAAACAGUCCAAAUAGACCUAUCCCACAACUUUCACAUGAAUUGAACUAUUCUCCAACGAUCUUGAAGAAGACAAGAACACCAUCACCAAUAAGGCAAGAUAUUCAAGAAGAACCUGAUUUUAUCAAGCAAAGACUUUCACCAACUCCUAAUCCAGCUUCAUUAUCAGCAUCUCAUCAAAUUGAUGCCGAGGCUUUGGCUUAUAAGUCUAAAUUGAAACCACCACUACCACAACGUAAACCAUCAUUAGAUCUUCCAGAAGCCUUGAAAAAAGCUGAUAAAUUAAAACCAGCACUCCCAAAACGUAAACCUUCAAUCAAGAUCCCUGAAGCAUUAUCACAAAAGGAGCAACUACGUCAACCAACAAAGAUGGAAAAAGUGGGAGAACCAACACCAGAAGCCAUGAGUAAAAAAACUCAGUUAAAACCAGCGUUACCUAAAAGAAAACCAUCAUUAAAAGAAGUUGAAGCAUUAGAGCAAUUGCAAAGAAUGAAAUCUAAAACUUCAUCUAAACAACCACCACCAAUAACAAGAUCCAAACCAAGAGUUUUCAGUAAUUCUAAAGAGAUUUUACAAAAUCAAUUGGGAUCUUUAAAGUCAACAAAAAAUCUACAAAAAGAUGAAGCUUCAUUAAAUUUAGACCGGAUUUUGAAAAAAGCUACUACUGAUACCGACAUGAAAUCUGUUAGGUUACCAUUCAUGACCCAAGAAAAUGAAUUCCCAAUGAUUAAAAAGGUUUCAACUUUUGAUGUUGGUGACUUGAAGAAAAAAGCAGAUGCAAAUGAGAAGCCUGCUGAAAAUUUAGAGCAUUUGACAAAGAAGAGAACCAAAGGACCAAAGAGAAG